GGCUCCACUGCCUUCUCCAGGGCGGGCAGCAGGGCGCGCUGUGCGGCCUCCUCUCCAGCCUCUCUCUCUCACACACCGGGGCCCGGCCGAGGGAGGGGAAGCGAGACGAGGCGGCGGCGACCGAGGAGGAGGAGGAUGAGGAGGCCGGGCUGAGCCGCUCGUCUUAGGCCCCGCUGCGGCGUCUUGAGGCGGAGCAGACUGGCUUCCUUCCCGCCCGGCUCGGGUGUUCCCUCGCGGCGGCAGCUUCGUCGUCGUCUUCCACCUCCGCCGCUUCCUCCAGCCGGGCUGGGCCUCUGAGCCCCGAGCUCCCGUCCCAAGCCCCCCUCACCAGGCGGGCGGGAUCGGAGCCCAGCCCCGGCGCGGCCGCGACAUGUCCGGCAAGAUCGAGAAAGCAGACUUGCUCACUUUCUGUCUCCACCUCCUCUUCUCCUUCUGUUUCCUCUUCCUUGAUGAGUUGCAACUCAGUGUGCCAGUGGGAUGCCAUGGAAUGCAUUGAGGCGAUGCGGAGGUUCUCACUGUGGCGUUCGACCUGUGAUGGCACACUGACACAUGCCCUGCAUCAGAUGAUUCUCAGCGCUCCCAUCUCGCCUCAUUCACCAUGAAGUUGAAGGACAAGUUCCACUCUCCCAAAAUAAAGCGGACACCAUCCAGGAAAGGGAAGCAGCCUGACCUCAUGGUGAAGACUCCUGAGAAGGUGGUGAACAAGAAUCUCACUUGGCUGGAGGAGAGAGAGAAGGACGUAGUGAGUGCACUACGCUAUUUCAAGACCAUCGUUGACAAAAUGGCAAUCGACAGCAAGGUGCUGGAGAUGCUGCCAGGAUCUGCCAGCAAAGUACUGGAAGCCAUCUUGCCUCUGGUCCAAGCAGAGACGCGGAUUCAGCAGAGUUCUGCCAUCUCUUCCUGCUAUAGCCGUGUGUACCAGAGCCUGGGCAAUCUGAUACGUUGGUCUGAUCAGGUGAUGUUGGAGGGCUUGAACUCUGAAGAUAAAGAGGUGGUGAACACAGUGAAAGGGGUCAUCAAGGCUGUUCUGGAUGGAGUCAAGGAGCUGGUGAAGCUCACUAUUGAGAAGCAAGAACACCCGUCCCCCACAAGCCCCGUUAAACCCAGCAUACCUGCUUCUUCAACGGACAGCCCUUCAGAGCUUCCCCUGACGGAUCGUGAGAUGGAGAUUCUCAACAAGACAACAGGGAUUGCUCAGACGGCGGAGAUUUUGACGGAUCCUAUGGACGAAGAAGUCGCCCCUCCCAAGCCUCCCCUUCCCUGCAUCCGGGUCGCUGAAAACAGCCCUCCUCCUGCACUGCCGCCGAAGAAACGCCAGUCGGCGCCAUCUCCCACUAGAGUGGCUGUUGUGGCACCCAUGAGCCGGACCACCAGUGGGUCCAGUUUGCCAAUUGGAAUAAAUAGGCAGGAUUUUGAUGCAGACUGUUACGCACAGCGGAGGCUGUCAGGAGGCAGCCAGUCCUAUGGCGGGGAAUCCCCCCGCCUCUCGCCAUACAACAGCAUGGGCAAGCUCAGCAAAUCCGAUGAGCAGCUCUCCUCGCUGGACUGUGACAGCGGGCAGUGCUCCCGCAACACAAGCUGUGAAACGCUAGAUCAUUAUGAUCCAGACUACGAGUUCCUGCAGCAGGACCUCUCGAAUGCCGACCAGUUACCUCAGCAGGGGCCCACCGCCCUCAGCCCUUUGCCAGAGUCUCUGGGGGAGGCCGGCUCCCCAUUUUACGGACGCACUUUCCAGCUGCCAGUGGCGGCCGCUUUGGCUGCUGAGGUCCCUCCGGCUCUCCCAGAGAAGAAGAGGAGGGGGACAGUCAACCCUACUUUUGAUACUUCCGGCUGCCGUGUCUUGUUUGAGAGGCACCCUUCGCAGUAUGACAACAUUUCAGAGGACGAUCUGCACAACCCCACCCUGCUCCCCCCUAUGACCAUCACGCCUUUUGCUACCGUGCUGCCCUUCCAGCCAGGGAAUGCCCCAGCCCCCGUUGAAUUCCUCACUGACUUUCUCAUUCCGGACUCCACUAGUGACUCUGAGAAACCGCCACCUCUGCCAGAGAAGAAAAACAAACACAUGAUGGCCUAUAUGCAGUUUGUGGAGGACUACUCAGAACCGCAGCCUUCUAUGUUCUACCAGACACCGCAGAAUGAACACAUCUACCAACAGAAGAACAAGCACCUGAUGGAGGUUUAUGGGUUCAACGACUCCUUCAGCAGUGCUGACUCUGGGCAGGAUCUUGCUCCACCUCCUGCCCUCCCACCAAAACAGCGGCAGUUGCAGGCCUCUUUUGCUGCCUCCUCCUCCUUCUCCUCUGUCUCCUACUGUGUCCAGCCACCUAAAGUGCCCAUCGCCACCGAGGACAUCGGCACGGCUCAGGGCCUCACUAUGUCCAUCUCUAAUUCCUUCCUCCACCAGCAUAGCACCCUUCCUGUGCACUCGUACAAAUCGGUGUUCAGGUCUUUCUCCCAAGACUUUGUGCCUCGCAGCCAAGUUUCCAUCCCUCCUUUUCUCUCAUCUGCCUCCGCCGCCUCCUCCCUGCCUCUGUGCUUCCCACCUGCACACCAGUCUCCGAACUCUGACCUGGCAGCAGGGUCUGCCGCAGCCGGCCAGCCUCUCGGCCUUGCAGAUGGCGGGGUUACCUCUUCCUCUCAGGAGAGCAGCUUUAGUGGGACUGCUUCUGUCUGCCUUCCUUCUGAAACCUCUUUCACUGAUUCUCUCCAGACAUCUUCGAGUGAAAACGCCAGUGAGGAGGCAGGGGAGGGUGAAUACGUCAAUCUGUAUUCCUCCAGUCAGAGCAACGGGGAACUCCCUCACUCUGAAGGAGAAUCCCCAGCAAUAAAAGACUGUCAUGCCAAGGACUCUGCUUCUCUGAGCAGCACCCAAGGGAAGGAGAACCAAGAUGAGAGUGAAAGGCAACAGAAGUCAGCAGAAUCUUCAGAGUCUUCCCAACCGGAGGAGGAAGUAGAUGAACUGUCCUUGACUGACCACAAUGAAAUCAUGGCCAGGUUGACAUUGAAGCAAGAGGGCGACGACGGACCAGAUGUUCGUGGCGGUUCAGGCGACAUCCUCUUGGUCCACGCCACAGAGACCGACAGGAAAGAUUUGGUGCUGUACUGUGAGGCCUUUUUGACCACUUACCGCACGUUCAUCACACCUGAAGACCUCAUCAAAAAACUGCAAUACAGAUAUGAGAAAUUCUGCCACUGUCCAGACACUUUCAAGAAGCGAGUAAGCAAGAACACCUUCUUCGUCCUGGUCCGAGUUGUGGAUGAGCUGUGUUUGGUGGAGCUGACGGAGGAGAUCCUCAAGCUGCUCAUGGACCUUGUGUUCCGCUUGGUCUGCAAUGGGGAGCUCAGCCUUGCCAGAGUCCUGCGCAAAAACAUCCUUGACAAAGUGGAUCAGAAGAAAAUGCUGCGAUACACCAACUCGAUCAAACCUCUUGCGGCUCGAUGGGUGGCAGCCAGACCAGGGACCCUCCAUGAUUUCCACAGCCAUGAGAUAGCAGAACAACUGACCCUCCUGGAUGCAGAGCUCUUUUAUAAAAUUGAGAUUCCUGAAGUUCUGCUUUGGGCAAAAGAGCAGAAUGAAGAGAAAAGCCCCAACUUGACACAAUUCACCGAGCACUUUAAUAACAUGUCCUACUGGGUCCGCUCAAUAAUUAUGCAGCAGGAGAAAGCCCAGGACCGAGAGAGGUUGCUCCUGAAGUUUAUAAAGAUCAUGAAGCACUUACGAAAGCUCAACAACUUCAACUCCUACUUGGCUAUACUCUCUGCCCUGGAUUCAGCACCCAUCCGGAGGCUCGAGUGGCAGAAACAAACCUCAGAGGGUCUGGCUGAGUAUUGCACUCUGAUUGACAGUUCUUCCUCCUUCCGGGCAUACCGAGCUGCCCUCUCAGAGGUGGAGCCGCCUUGCAUACCUUACUUAGGUCUCAUACUGCAAGACUUGACCUUUGUCCACUUGGGGAAUCCGGACUACAUUGAUGGCAAAGUCAACUUCUCCAAGCGCUGGCAGCAGUUCAACAUCCUGGACAGCAUGAGGUGCUUCCAGCAAGUGCAUUACGACAUCAAACGGAAUGAUGACAUCAUCUCAUUUUUCAAUGACUUCAGCGACCACCUGGCGGAGGAGGCCUUGUGGGAACUUUCGCUCAAAAUCAAGCCUCGAAACAUCACAAGGCGGAAGACAGACAGGGAGGAGAAAACCUAGACGGGAAGCUAAUGAAGGCCAUGGGCAAAAGGAUCGCUGGGCGCCUGCACAGACGGCAGCUAUGAGACUUGGACCUGUGACCGGGCCAUAUCCCCCCACCUCCUCCCCUCCUGGGCCCAGCCCAGGGGUUGAGUUGUCUCAGCGGAGCUGUGGGCUCCCUUCCCAUCAGGCCGCAGGGGAGAGUCACCAAAGCAGCGUCCUGCUCUCCUUCCUCAGUGCCAUAGAUGAGCUUUUCUGCCUGAAAAGGGAGCACACAGGAAAAGGGGUCAGGGUUUGUUUGUUUUUUUAGUGCCAGAGUGUUCCCACUUUUGCCAAAUCUGAACUUUUUUUUUCUUGUGCUCCUCGCACUGCAACACGACGAGAGAGAAGCGAAGUUGCUGCAUCUUGCGUUGAGCCAUGUAUUGACGUGCCCAUGGUCUCGCCCAGUGGGCAUUUAGCAUGUGUGAGGUAUGAAAAAUGAGUUGCCAUCAAGGUCAUAACCGAGGAGAACCAUUUUUCACAAUGCUUCCCCACCCACAGACACUGGGAGGGAAAAAAAGGAAAAAAGAGUGAAGUAACAUUCUACCCUUGCAAAGUCUUACAUGUUUACAGGGAUAUUUAAUCAAUCAAAUGGCCCCCAUCACCAAUGUGGAAAAGGACCAAGAUGGGCAGCUGCCCUCUGGACAGUAUGUCCACCACUGUCACCGCUUCCCC